AUAUCCAGGAACAGAACAGCCCCAGUUCCACGGGCAAGGGUCACACACUGGUUUGUUGCCCCCCCCGGCACGAAAUAGCAAUAUGCUCUCUGGGAGAGUGCGCAAUUUGCAUUGGGAAAUCCUCGUCUUUACUCAAACAAACUCGACAUGAUUGGUUGCAUGAAGCGUUUGGCAUUUAUCCAAUGAUUGUCUACGCCUUAGAGCUUCUCCACCUUUGAUCGUAACCGUAUCAGGAAGAAUUGAGAUGUCGAAGAGUAUAAAGAGUAGUGAGGUUGACUGGAGAAAGGCAGGACGCCUCAGCAGUCUCUUCACUCCCAUACAGACUUAAUCGCGCUUCUCUGACAAUGGCUUCCAAGAUUCUUGCCACACUUCUUGCUCUUGCAGCUGUCUCCAACGCCGCUCUCGUCCGCAAAGCCACUUGCUCGGAUGGUCGUACCACAGCGAACGCGGCUUGCUGUGUCUUGUUCCCCAUCCUCGAUGAUAUUCAAGAGGUUCUCUUCGACGGUGGCGAAUGUGGUGAGGAAGUACAUGAGUCUCUCCGCCUCACUUUCCACGACGCCAUUGGUUUCUCGCCUGCUCUCACCAAGCAGGGCAAGUUCGGCGGUGGAGGAGCUGACGGUUCCAUCAUCACGUUCGACACUAUCGAAACACCUUUCCAUGCCAACGGCGGUAUUGACGACAUCGUCGACGCUCAGAAACCAUUUGUCGCUAAGCACAACAUUUCAGCUGGUGACUUCAUUCAAUUCGCCGGCGCUGUAGGUGUCAGCAACUGCCCUGGCGCGCCAAGACUUCAAUUCCUCUUUGGUCGUCCUGCCGCUAAGCAAGCCUCUCCCGACUUGCUCAUCCCCGAGCCUUUCGAUACCGUUACCAAGAUCCUUGCUCGCUUCGGUGAUGCUGGCUUUAGCCCCGCCGAAGUCGUUGCUCUUCUUGCUUCUCACUCCGUCGCUGCAGCCGACCACGUGGAUGCAACCAUCCCCGGAACCCCCUUCGACUCCACCCCUGGUAUCUUUGACUCUCAAUUCUUUAUCGAGACUCAGCUUCGUGGCACUCUCUUCCCCGGCACGGGUGGCAACCAGGGUGAAGUCGAGUCUCCUCUUCGGGGUGAAAUUCGUCUCCAGUCCGACUCUGAUCUCGCUCGCGACUCCCGCACUUCUUGCGAGUGGCAGUCCUUCGUCAACAACCAAUCAAAGCUCCAAAAUGCCUUCAAGGCCGCAAUGGCUAAGCUUGCCGUCCUUGGCCAAGACACUUCGAAGUUGGUUGACUGUUCCGAUGUCAUUCCUGUCCCCAAGCCCCUUGUUGGCACCCCUCACCUUCCCGCUGGUCUGACCCACAACGACAUCGAACAGGCUUGCGCUACAGCAGCCUUCCCCACCCUCCCAACUGACCCUGGCCCGGUCACUUCCGUUCCUCCCGUCCCGUCUUCGUAACCGAGCUACCUUAGCUUCUAACCAUAGAUUCUUAGUUUCUGGUUUCUAGCGUAUGUAUAAGACUGCAGGCAAAAUCAUAAUACGGAUUGCAUCGU